UCCCCGGCCCAACCUAUCUCUUCGAUCAAUGGACACGUAUACUUCCCUAACAGAGGUGGAGCUGUUGAAGAAGAUCCAAAUGCUCGAAGAGGAUCACGCCCACCUCCGGCUAGAAAUGUCCCCGCUCCUCCACCCCCGCCGGAUCACCAAUACAGGCGGCGGUGCCGAUCAGCUUCCGCCCAGCUUCAGUGACCGGCAGUAUCUCAACAUAUUGGAGUCACUUGGGCAGUCUGUGCAUGUCAUGGAUUCUCAUGAUCGUAUACUCUACUGGAAUAAAGGUGCAGAAACUCUGUUUGGAUUUUCGGCCGAAGAGGCCAUUGGACAGUGUUCCAUUAACCUGGUAGUAGAUAUCCGGGACCGUGGUGCAGCAUAUAAUAUAGUCCACCGCGUCAACCUAGGGGAGAGAUGGACUGGAAUGUUCCCUAUAAAGAACAAAUCGGGGAAGAGGUCUAGAAUCAUUGUAACAAACUCUCCAUUUUAUGAUGAUGCUGGCUGUAUAAUUGGGCUUGUUUCUACGUGUGUUGAUGUUCAGACCUUUCGGGACAUGAGGGUUCCAAUGUCAGCUGAGAAGCAACCACAACAAGAUUCAAGCUUCAGUAGUCAUGGUGCCAUAGAUGCAACUACAUUUGGUGUUGUUCCCCAGCAUACUAUGCAAAGAACAGUUUCGUCAAAACUAGCAAACUUGGCAUCGAAGCUGAGUACCAAAGUCAAGUCAAAAUUUAAGGCAAGGGAAAGCAAUAUGGGUCACACAUGUGAGAUGGAUGCUAGUCAUCAUCUGUUUCAUGGUUCAGAUUCUGUUCCAUCUGCUUAUAUGGAGGAUGGUAUUGCAAGUGUGACUAGCACAAGUUUAGCAACUAUAUCCCCAGUGCUUGACCAUGUUGCGAGCAAGCCUCUCCGAGAACCUUCUAUAGAUUCUGGCAAUGAGAGUGAAGGAAAAUCUUUGAUUCACAAGAUAGCAGCUUCAAAGGAAGAAGCAUGGAUUAGUAGUAAGCAAGGGAUAUCAUGGCCUUGGAAAGGAAUUGAGCGAGAUGGAUCAGUGGCUACGGCUAGUGGUUUUGUUUGGCCCUGGGUUCAUAACGAUCAAGUCAAUGUUGCCGUUCUACAGAAGAGUUAUUGUGUUUCAAAUCCAGAAAUUCAGGAAGGCAAAAGUAAUCGGCCAACAGGUAAUAUUGGUGAGUCUUCAGACACAUGGACCUCUCCAUUGAAUAUUAACACCAUAACCAAUGCCAUCAGCCUUAGAAGCACCAGCAGUAGUCCAUUGGCUAUGGUGGAUUUGGAUACUGACUUCUUGGAUUAUGAAAUCUUAUGGGAAGACAUUAAAAUUGGAGCACAGAUUGGGCAAGGUUCAUGUGGAACUGUAUACCAUGGUCAGUGGGAAGGAUCGGAUGUUGCUAUUAAGGUUUUCUCCAAGUUGGAAUAUUCAGAUGAUUUGUUACUUUCCUUCAGACAAGAGGUAUCACUUAUGAAAAGGCUUCGACACCCAAAUGUUUUGCUUUUCAUGGGAGCUGUGACCUCACCUGAGCGUCUCUGCAUUGUCACAGAGUUCCUCCCGCGUGGAAGUUUGUACCAAAUAUUACAGAGGAACUCAUCAAAACUAGACUGGAGACGACGUGUUAAUAUGGCUAUGGAUAUAGCAUGGGGUAUGAACUAUCUUCACCAUUUCAACCCACCAAUCAUACACCGAGACUUGAAGUCUUCAAAUCUCCUAGUUGAUAAAAACUGGACCGUCAAGGUUGGCGAUUUUGGUCUUUCACGUCUUAAGCAUAAAACUUUUCUAACAAACAAGAGUGGUAGGGGAACGCCUCAAUGGAUGUCACCAGAAUUUCUACGUAAUGAACCCUCGGAUGAGAAGUCUGACAUAUAUAGCUACGGGGUGAUAUUAUGGGAGCUUGCCACUCUGAAGAUUCCUUGGGAUAAUCUGAACCCGAUGCAGGUGAUUGGAGCUGUUGGAUUCAUGAACCAAAGACUGGAGAUCCCAAAAGAUGUAGACCCAAAGUGGGCUUCUAUAAUUGAGAGUUGCUGGCACAGUGAUCCAGCUUGCCGGCCAACAUUUCUUGAACUGCUUGAAAAGCUUAGAGUAUUGCAUAAACAAUAUAAUCUCCGGUUCAAAUCAGUGCGUUCCGCUUCUAUUGAGAGCACCAGAAAGGAAUUGUAACCGGGGGGCCAUGUUUUUGUUCAUUGGUUUUCAUUAUUAUCAUUCACCACUUGGGCAGAGGGCCACCUCAUGUCGGAAGAUGGCCGGUAUUAUUAGUGUUACUUAAAUUUAUUUUCAUGGCAGUCUAAGCCAUAAGAUAACACAUGUUGCUCCAAGUACAACACUGCCAUGGAAAAAUUCACAGGGUUCAGAUGCUACAUGAUUGUCUUGCACAACAACAUUGAAGGCUCAGAAAUGAAGAACUUUCCCUUUUCAUUCUUUGACCGGAGCGAGAAAAAUGUACAAGCUCUAUUGUGUACAUAGGUCAGGAAACAAAACAAAAACAAAAAAAAGCAACUUCCCAGUCCAGAACUGCAGCAAGCUCUUAAAGUCCAGAGACAGUAGGAGAGACGAUGUUUGGCUAGGUUGACAAAAUUGUGUACGUAGGUCAGGAAACAAAAAAAAGCCUUUGUGAUUUAAGUUGUAUACACUUUACCAACUCACUUUUGAAGGCUCAGCUGGCUGAAGAUUGAAAGCUGUUCCUGGAGACUAGUGAGUGCUGUCUGCAAGUAGCAAAUUUUGAAGAUUUAAGAGUCCGUUGAUCCGACUAGCAUUGAAGACAGGUAAUUUUACUGGAAAAUGCUAACUUAUAGCAGGCAGGAUAUUUUGAUGUACAUAUUAGGAAACCCUCAGUAGUGCUUGCGGCUGCCAACAACAGUUCAAGUCACCAAUAUACUUCAGAUCUCAGAAGUUAUCGAAUUGGUUUGCUGCUGUGGGUUAAUUACCUUUUUUUCCUAGGCGCUCAUUUUGUAUGGGCUUUUAGUUUAAUGUUUCUAACUUUCUAUUCAGCAGCCACUGAAAAGAUUGAAAACUUUAUCCCUCCAUAUUAUGAUCUCCUAAGGGCCCUCACACUAAUGCACCACACCAUAACUUGUCGUUGCAAUUGUCGAACAGGAAACCAACACACUCUUCUUUUACGUCUUGUUCCUAUAACUUCUAGAGGUGCUUUGGAAAACAAGCACUCAAGUCGACAACUUCAGUCGACUACCUACCCUAU